AAAGUUCGCCCGGAGGACCGUUUGGGAGGCUUGAAAUACGACUUUCGCCCGGAAGACAUGCAGCAAUUUUAUCAUCUCAAGAUAUCUGAAGCAGCUCGUCGCCUUCAUUGCUCUCCUAUCACCCUUAAGCGCUGCUGCAAGCGCCAAGAGGUCAAGUGGCCG